UCUUCCGGAAAAGGAAAAAUAAACAGCGCAGCGGAGCUAAAGGAGCUAGGUGCAGGUUUUCUUCACAAUUUAUCUGAACUUAGUUGCGUCUUAAGUUUAACUAGCAAACUGAACUGGAAAAAGAGCAGUUGUUGCUUAAUUGUUGAUGUUACAUCGAAAGAAAGGGGCCUGUUUGAGUUAGCUCGUCUCUUGUUAGCCGCUCAGCUAAUCUCGCUGCAUUUUGGAGUCGGUGCUCAGGACUAAUGCCUCAGGAGGGAGAGGAAUCUCUUCCCCCGGUUCGCUCUCUGAGCAGCGGGAUUCCUGUUAAUGUUGUCUUCUGUAAUCGCACCAGCCGUGUUGUCCGGCCGCUGUGGAUAAACUACGAAGGCAAACCAACGAGUUACGCCGACAUGCAGCCAUUCUCGGGACGGAGAAUGACAACCUAUGUCGGGCACCCUUGGAUCUUCAGAGAUGCAGCCUCUGAUGAAGCUUUAAAAGUCAACUGCAAAGAGAUGUUUGUUCCCAAACCAUCCGGUGAUGAGGUAAUUCAUGUUAACAUCACUUUAUCAGUUGACAGUCUGAAGGAUCGAGCUCUUUGUGCUGUGCGACGUCUGGUGCGACCAGAGGACUACAGGAAGCUGGAAAUCGCACGAUGCCUUCACGAGGAUCUGGAAAAUCCACCCAACCAUCAGAAAGAUCUCCAGAAUAUUAAUCGGCGGGUAGAGCAGCAUCUACUGGGGGGAGAAAACUGAGGGGCCUCAGUAAAGCGGUGCUCUCUCAAAGACACUAAAGACUGCCAGAGGAGUCCUCGCUGUUGAUUUGCUGUAAAGGAGACUCACUUUGACGUUAUGUCUCAUUUGUCAUAUUUACCCAGCAGAUUUAGCCAAAAUGUCUCCUUCAGGAGAUAAAAAUAAAUGUAGCCUUCAAUUAGAGGGUUUUGUUAUGAAUGUGAAAAGCUGUAUUAGGACCAACAUAUGGGCUUGAAUUGAGUAUAAAUGAAUUUUAAAAAACUAUAUUCAACUUUUGUGAAUUCUUACCUUUCAGAUUAACAACAAAAUCUGAGGAUUUUUGUUAGACCUUUUCUCGCUGCUAACUUAACAUCAGAGAAAACAAAGAUGAAUUCAUCAAGUCUUUAAUUAAAUGUUGCAACAUGAACUUUUCUUUGCCUUCCCACCCAGCAAUCUGUUGCCUUGUUCUGAAUUUACCUGUAGCCACUUUACCUGAACUACUUGUUUUGAGAAUUAAUAAAUAUAAUAUAUAUUU